UGAGGGUCGUGUGUUGAGCUGAAAGUGGGUCUAAAGGUGAGAACUGACCGAUGAGGACUGCAAUUGGGUCCUGAUCAUAGAACCGGACCGGUUCGAUCUGUUGCGGGUCCGGAGAUGCUGUGUGUGACUCAUAAUCAGGUCCUCACAGCGCCCCUAAAACACUGUGACAAACACAGAAACAAGAUGGCGGAGUGUAGCACCGACAGCGUCUCCACAACAAAAAAGUCCCGUUAAAACUUUGUUCAACUUUACUUUUCCCGCCUGCAUCGGACUCAUGGGGCCCCCCCGCCGCCUCUGACGGCUUGUGUAACGGCUGUGGAUGUUUCCACGGGGAUGUCUUCGUGAUCGGUCAGCCGUUUGAAGACACUUAGACCGGAAGGUCAGACGUCAGUCCAACAUGGCAGCAGUGUCCUACGAUCAGCUGCUGAGGCAGGUGGAGGUGUUAAAGAUGGAGAACUCCAACCUGAGACAGGAGCUGCAGGAUAACUCAGACCACCUGAACAAGCUGGAGACUGAAGCCUCCAACAUGAAGGAAGUGCUGAAGCAGCUGCAGGGCACCAUAGAAGAAGAGUCCGGGGAGUCGUCUGAGUCUCAGCUGGAACUGAUCGAACGACUGAAAGAGAUGAGCCUGGAAUCGGGUGGUUUUAAGCCCAAAACGAGACCUCCUCUGCCCCCUUCAUCCUCUUCCAGCUCGGCCUCCUCUUCCUCUGGAACUCCUGCUGGAGCAGCUGGAGGAUCUGGCGGUCCAGGCCCCUCAGCAGCCGCCUCCUUCCCCAGGCGAGGGCUGCCAUCUGUGGGCAGAGACAGCCAUGACCGUUGCUUAGAGGAGCUGGAAAAAGAAAGGUCUCUCCUAUUGGCUGAGCUGGAGAAGGAGGAAAAGGAAAAAGACUGGUACUACGCUCAGCUGCAGAGCCUGACCAAGAGGAUCGACAGCCUGCCACUCACAGAGAAUUUCACCCUGCAGACGGAUAUGAGCCGCCGUCAGCUGGAGUUCGAGGCCCGACAGAUCCGAUCAGCCAUGGAGGAGCAGCUGGGAUCCUGUCAGGAGAUGGAGAGAAGGGCUCAGGCCCGGGUGUCUCGGAUCCAGCAGAUAGAGAAGGACAUUCUGAGACUGGGAGCACGUCUCCAGGUGGAGGGAGCUCCAGGUGAUAGCAGCGGAUUGGCUGGCACUCAGAGUGCCAGCAGCCGAUUGGAGCAGGAGCCGGCCAAUGAGACAAGCUACUCUGUGCCUCGACGAAUCACCAGCCACCUGGGAACAAAGGUGGAGAUGGUGUACAGCCUGCUAUCCAUGCUGGGGACCCACGAUAAGGACGACAUGUCGCGCACGCUACUCGCCAUGUCCAGCUCACAGGACUCCUGCAUCGCCAUGCGUCAGUCCGGCUGUCUGCCCCUGCUCAUCCAGCUGCUGCAUGGCAACGACAAGGACUCCCUGUUGUUAGGUAACUCCCGCGGCAGUAAAGAGGCACGUGCACGAGCAUCUGCUGCGCUGCACAACAUCGUGCACAGUCAGCCAGAUGACAAGCGGGGGCGGCGGGAGAUCCGGGUUCUGCACCUGCUGGAGCAGGUCCGCCAUUACUGCGAGGCGUGCUGGAGCUGGCAGGAGAACCACGAGAGGGGCGUUGACCAGGAGGACAACCCCAUGCCGUCUCCGGUGGACCAUCAGAUCUGUCCGGCCGUCUGCGUCCUCAUGAAGCUGUCCUUUGACGAGGAACAUCGACAUGCCAUGAACGAACUCGGUGGUCUGCAGGCGGUGGCGGAGCUCCUCCAGGUGGACUGUGAGAUGUUCGGGCUCAGCAGCGAUCACUACAGCGUCACUCUGCGCCGCUACGCUGGCAUGGCACUCACCAACCUCACCUUUGGAGACGUAGCCAAUAAGGCCACACUGUGCUCCAUGAAGGGCUGCAUGAGGGCGAUGGUGGCACAGCUGAAGUCCGAGAGUGAAGACCUGCAGCAGGUGAUUGCCAGUGUCCUGAGGAACCUUUCAUGGCGUGCUGAUGUCAACAGUAAGAAGACACUACGUGAGGUCGGCAGCGUGCGCGCGUUGAUGGGCUGCGCGCUCGAGGUGCAAAAGGAGUCGACCCUGAAGUCCGUGCUGAGCGCGCUUUGGAAUUUGUCUGCGCACUGCACGGAGAACAAGGCGGACAUCUGUGCCGUAGACGGUGCUCUGGCGUUCCUGGUUGGAACGCUGACUCAUAGAAGCCACACCAACACUCUCGCCAUCAUUGAGAGCGGCGGCGGGAUCCUGCGGAACGUGUCUAGUCUUAUCGCCACCAAUGAGGCCCACAGGCAGAUCCUGCGUGAGCAUGGCUGCCUGCCGACGCUGCUGCAGCACCUGAAGUCUCACAGUCUCACCAUUGUGUCCAACGCCUGCGGGACACUCUGGAACCUGUCUGCUAGAGACGCCAAAGACCAGGAGGCCCUGUGGGAGCUGGGUGCCGUCGGCAUGCUGCGCAAUCUCAUCCAUUCCCGCCACAAGAUGAUCGCCAUGGGCAGCGCAGCCGCCCUGCGCAACCUGAUGGCAAACCGGCCGGCUCGCUACAAAGACGCCAGCGUGGUGUCACCGGGCGCUGGCGCCCCAUCGCUGCACGCACGCAAACAGAAGGCGCUUUUCGAAGAGCUGGACGCCCAGCAGCUGUCGGAGACCUUUGACAACAUUGACAACCUGAGCCCGAAGGCGGCGCACAGGAAGGGGCGGAGCUGCAACAGCGCCACUGUGGGCGGGGGUGGCGCAACACGCUGCUACACCAACACUCCGGUGCUGUCGAGCCCGAAGAGCGGAGACGGGUCGAAGAGAGCGGGAGAGGAGGCGGCGUACGCCCGCUCUGUGUUCCCGCCGAGCGUCCGGGCUUCCAGCGACAGCCUCAACAGCGUGACGAGCGCAGAUGGCUACGGCAACCGUGGGAAGACCAAGCCGUCGUCUGAUUCGUUCUACUCCUCCGACGAGAGCGGAGCCAACAAGUGCUGCGUCUACAGGAAGUAUCCUGCCGACCUGGCCCACAAAAUCCGCAGCGCCAACCACAUGGCGGAUGAUGACGGCGCCGAGCUGGACACGCCCAUCAACUACAGCCUAAAGUACUCGGAUGAACAGCUGAACUCUGGCCGCCAGAGUCCAAGUCACCGCGGCGGCGUGGAGAUCGACGACGAUGCUGAGCAGGAUGCCAGGCUGCAGAGGAGUGACGCCGUCGAAUCCAGGCCAAGUGGUGGGCGCAUGCCGCCGGUCCCGCCCCCGCGCUACGUUGUUGUCACGGGGACACCUAACUAUGUUAGCGACUCCACGCCCGAGCAGCCAAUCGACUACAGCCUGAAGUUCGGAGGUGAAGGCAACCAUAAACCACUGUUCAAAUCAGAGGAGACCUCCGCCCCCACACUGGCCCCGCCCCCUGCCUCCUCUAACAAGCUCCGCCCCUUAAUCCCUCCUAACAAGAACAACCAGGAGUCAACACAGACAUACUGUGUUGAGGACACCCCUAUCUGCUUCUCCAGAGGCAGCUCGCUGUCCUCUCUGUCCUCGGAGGAGGAUGUGGAAGGUGAUGUCAUCACCAGGAAGAGGAAGGCCGGGAGCGGCAGCAACGACUACCCGACUCUUCCUGUUAGCGAGAAAGACGCUCGCGAGCAGCAGCAGCAGCGGCAGCAGAAGGAGGCGGAGAGCCAGACGGCCGCCGCUCCUUCCACACGGGGACGGCGAGGUCAUCACCACCACCACGGUCAUUCCCACCACCACCAUCACCACCACCAUAUGACAUCAUCAUCAGGCGCCCGUACCCCGAAGAGCCCACCGGAGCCACCAUACACACAGGAGACGCCGCUGAUGUUCAGCCGCUGCACCUCCGUGAGCUCCCUGGACAGCUUCUCCACCUCGUCCAUCGCCAGCUCCGUGCGGUCCAGCGAGCCGUGCAGCGGUGUGCCAAGUGGCGUGGUCAGCCCGAGCGACCUUCCUGACAGCCCGGGUCAGACCAUGCCGCCAAGCCGUGCCAAAACGCCGCCACCGCCCGCCCAGACCACCAAGCAGGAGGAGGAAGCCAAGAAGGAGGAGGAGAGCAGUGUGGAUGUCCUGCUGCACUUUGCCACAGAGAGCACGCCGCACGGCUUCUCCCGAGCCUCCAGUCUGAGCGCGCUCAGUCUGGAUGAACCCUACAUCGCAGCAGAGAUGAGGAAGAAGGAAGAGCAAGAUGAUGGGAGCGAGGAGAGGAAGAAGGAGUCAGCCAAGCCCAUCCUCGACGAAUCGGAUGACGACGACAACAAGAUCCUGGAGGCGUGCAUCAACAUGGCGAUGCCCAAGUCCUCGCAGAAGCCAAAGAAGCCACCUGCACCACGGAAGCCAAGCCAGCUUCCUGUCUACAAGCUCCUCCCACCACAGAGCCGCCAGCAGAGAAAAGACCCACCGCCACCACCAGAGGAGGUGCCCAGAGUUUACUGUGUGGAAGGAACGCCACUCAACUUCUCCACCGCAACAUCCCUCAGUGACCUCACCAUUGACUCGCCGCCCAACGAGGAGGAAGCCCUCACGCCUGUGGCCCCGCCCACCUUCGUCCCAAGAAGACGGGCAGGACUCCCUGAGGGCGAGAAUGGUGACGAUAUCCUCACUGAAUGCAUCAACGCUGCCAUGCCGAAACCCAAACCCAGGAAGCCAAUCAGAGCUGCAGCAAACGGAGACCAUUUUCCUCCACCCGAUCCUCCACAGGCUCCGGCCCCUCUCAGUGCGCAGGUGCAAAAGAAGAAGCCUACUUCACCUGUGAAGCCCAUGCCUCAGCGGACGUCGUACGGGGUCGCCACGGCAAUAGCUGCAAAAGCAAAACCUGGGUUUGCCUUUGACUCUCCACGUCACUACACACCCAUCGAGGGGACGCCAUGCUGCUUCUCGCGCAACGAUUCACUGAGCUCCCUCGACUUUGACGAGGAUGACAGCGGCGAGAAAGACAGAGAGGAGAGGAAGGCCAAAGAAGAAGAAGGCAGGAAGAAGAAACAGCAGACAGCUGCCAUCUUUCCUCGAACCAAACCUGCCGCCAUUCAGACAGCGACGGAUGAGAAGCAGAAGUUUGCCAUCGAAGACACACCUGUCUGCUUCUCCAGGAACCCGUCGCUAAGCUCGCUGAGUGACAUCGACCAGGAGAACAACAACAAGGAGUUUGCACCCCCGCCGGAGCAGCAAGAUCACGUCAAAGCCAGACCCAUAUCUCCUCCCCCUUAUGAGAUGGAGCAGAAGUCCCGCCCCCCAGUAGCUAGUGGCUACGCCCCCAAAGCGUUUCAUGUGGAGGACACGCCCGUCUGCUUCUCCAGGAACUCGUCGCUCAGCUCUCUAAGUAUCGACUCAGAGGACGACCUCCUCCAGGAGUGUAUCAGCUCUGCCAUGCCCAAGAAAAAGAAGAAAGCUGCUUCGCUCCCCGCCCCCGCCACCAUCACCACACCUCUUCCUGUCCCAAAAGCCGAGGACAGCACUCUGGAUGACGACGAGCCUUCAGCAAGAAGCCCCACCUCCCCUGACUCCGAGUCAUUUGAUUGGAAGGCCAUCCAGGAGGGCGCUAACUCCAUCGUCAGCAGCCUGAAUGCCGCCGCCGCUUCAUCGCUGUCCCGCCAGCCGUCAUCAGACUCCGACUCAGUCCUGUCCCUGAAGUCUGUGGGCUCGCCUUUCCACAUGCCCUUAGUUAAUCACAACGCAGAGGAAGAGGAGGAGCCAGAUAGGGAAGAGACGAAGCGUGGCGCCCGGAUCCUGAAGCCCGGCGAGCGUAGCACGCUGGAUGCCAAGAAGAAGGACGAGGAAGAUGAGGAGGAGGAGGCCAAGGCAGUCAGGGGCGGGAAGAAGGUGUACCGAAGCCUGAUCACUGGUAAGCCCAGGGCGGAGCCUGCCGCCAGGGGGCGGAGCAAACCCAGAGCCACCGCCAUGGCCAAGCCUCCGGGAGCCAACGAUGGUGGCGACAGGGGUAUCGCGUCCUCCCGAGACUCCACACCCUCUCGUUCUGUGACAGCAGUCAAUCAGAAAGCAGGAAAGGUGUCGCAGCUGCCGCGCACUGCAUCUCCAGGAAGCGCAUCAUCGGCGUCCGCCUCAAGACCCGCCAAACCGGCCACAGCACCGAAGAGCAGCAGCCUACCGAGGAGCGAGUCGGCCUCUAGGGUUGGCGCCAAGAAGACCAGGUCGGAGCCUGAGAGGGUGAGGGCGGACCCCGAGAAGCCAGUGCUCGUACGCCAGUCGACUUUUAUCAAAGAGGCUCCGAGUCCCACACUGAAGAGGAAGCUGGAGGAGUCUUCAUCAGGGGCAGCGGCACAGGAGUCGCUGUCCAGCCCCGACACACCUCUGCCGCCAUCAGUCCGGAGGCACGAUGUGAACCGCUCCCACUCCGAGAGCCCAUCACGCACACAGGAAGUGACCUCAUCGCGCUUGAGCCGCACGGGCACCUGGAAGAGGGAGAACAGCUGCGGCGCAGCCGGUACAGGUGGCGGGAAACACUCCACAUCUCUGCCGCGUGUCGGCACAUGGAAGAGGACAGGAAGCUCAUCAUCUGUGCUGUCAGCGUCAUCGGAGUCCAGCGAGAAGGGGCGGAGCGAGGAGGAUGGCGCUGUGAGGUCGAAGGGAACAUGGCGAAAGGCCAAGAGCGGUGAGUUGGCAGCCGGCCGAUCCGAGGAUGUCUGGGUCCGGCUAGAGGACUGUCCCGUCAACAACCCGCGCUCGCCAUCUUCCUGUUCAGCUCGCUCGCCCAAUGCCCCGCCUGUCAUCGACAGCCCCGCCCCCUCCAGGAUCCUGUCUUCUUCCUCUUCUUCCUCCUCCAACCUGAACCUCCGGCGGAGCUGCGAGAGCCUGGACGACAAGCCGCCACCGCCAGAACGCCAGCAGCAGAGAAGUCAGCAGCGCAGCGGCGCCUUGGCGGCCCGUGUCAGCCCCUUCAACUACACGCCAAGCCCGAGGAAGAGCAGCGUAGAUGCUGGCUCCACCCCCACACCACCGGCCACCAGCACAUCGACCACGCCCACACGACCUUCGCUCAUCCCUACGCCCGUCACCAAGAAAAGAGAGCCAAAGGCCGGAGACGGCGGCGAUCGCGGGUCCUACAUCGUAACUUCAGUCUGAAAACAUGGAAACAGGAAGCUGGACUGAUGGUGACAGGAAGCUCCGCCCCGUCACCCCCUGUGCCUGAUUGGUUCCUCCCUGAAACAACUUUUUAUGUUUUUAUACCACUAAUGAUCUGUAGCGCUUAGCUCUGCCCCCUGCAUGGCCCCGCCCCCUAACAAUGUUACCAUAGUAACAUGAAGAUGAUGAUGAUGAUGAUGAUGGUGUUUCUGUAAGGUCUUCAGUCCUCUUCUGGGUUCUGGUUCUGAACCAGUUUCUAGGUCUGGUCACAGAACGAGAACUAGUUUUCUGGAGGAACUUCCUGCUCCGUCGCCGUGGAAACGAGUAACACUGUAAACUGUAAGUUAUUGCUGUAAAACAUUUUAACUCUGAAGCACAUAAUUUAAACUCUGAUCAAUAAAGUUCUACACUCUGA